UCAUCAGGCGUAUAAAAGUACGACGUAUUUUACCCCGAGGCAUCAGUCUUCUGGUGAUCCUCUCACAAAUAAACAUGGCUGGAAAGCUCAUCGUACUCCUAAGCUUGGCGGUUCUCUCGAAAGGGGCGGUAGUACCCGCGGUGCCCGCUGCUCCUGUGGUGGCGCCAGCGAGACUUGAGGUAUUAGACGCGGCACCCCAAUACAGUUUCGCCUAUGAUGUUCAGGAUGCAGUGACCGGAGAUUCGAAGGCCCAGUAUGAGACCAGGAAUGGCGACGUUGUGCAGGGUAGUUAUAGCCUGAUCGAGGCAGACGGUACUCGACGUAUCGUCGAGUACACGGCUGAUCCAAUAAACGGCUUUAACGCGGUGGUCAGUCGGGAACCAGCGACUGCAGUAGCUGCGAUUGCAGCGCCAUUGGUACCAUAUGCACCUGCCAUCGCGCCUUCUGCAGCAGCUGCACCUAUUCUACCAGCAGCAGCUGCACCAGUACCCGCCAUUCCAGCCAGUGGUCCCGACUCCGAUGUCGAGGUCGUCGAGGCUAGGUCCGGUCCGUUGGUCGAAGCUGCGCCGGUCACUCGCGGAGACCAACUUCGUCAGCAACAGGAGCAGCAGCUGCAACAGUUGAAGCAAAUUGAGCAACAACAGCAAGUGCAGCAGCAACAACAGUUACAACAGCUGCAACAGCUACAACAGCAAUCUAGGUUGCAAUUGGAACAGCAGAUCCAACAACGUCAACAGCAAAGGGUACAACAGGAACAGGAACCACAACGUCAGCAACCACUGCUGCGUCAACAACCACAGCAACCACUGCUGCGUCAACAAUCACAGCAACUGCAACAGCAACAAGCUGUACCGGUAAAAGCAUUCGCCACACCGAUACAACCCGGAACGAAAGCUCAACGAUUGAUUAGUUUGCCAGCUGCUCAAGCUAUUACCAACUACGCAACUUAUCCUAAUCCCUAUGCUUACACAGCUGCCUACUCGUCGCCUUUAGCUUACGCGGCACCGAUCAGUGGUCUCACCUACGCUCCCGCCACUGCGCUUCUCUGA